UUCCAGUAAUAAACGUCUCCAUGGAGAACACUGAAAACUCCGUGGACUCAAAGUCCGUGAAAAGCUCGGAAACAAAGCCCUUUCAUGGCAGCAAAUCAAUGGACUCUGGAAUAUCCUUGGACAAUAGUUACAAAAUGGAUUAUCCUGAAAUGGGUUUAUGUAUAAUAAUCAAUAAUAAGAACUUUCAUAAAAGUACUGGAAUGGCAGCUCGGUCUGGUACAGACGUAGAUGCAGCAAACCUCAGGGAAACGUUCAGGAACUUAAAAUACGAAGUCAGGAACAAAAAUGAUCUUACCUGUGAAGAAAUUGUGGAAUUGAUGUGCAGUGUUUCUAAAGAAGACCACAGCAAAAGGAGCAGUUUCAUCUGCGUGCUUCUGAGCCAUGGCGAAGAAGGAAUAAUUUUUGGAACAAAUGGACCUGUUGACCUGAGAAAAUUAGCAGGUUUUUUCAGAGGAGAUUAUUGUAGAAGUCUAGCUGGAAAACCUAAACUUUUCAUUAUUCAGGCCUGCCGAGGAACAGAGCUGGACUGCGGUGUUGAGACCGACAGCAGUGUUGAUGAUGACAUGGCCUGUCAGAAGAUCCCAGUGGAGGCAGACUUCCUGUAUGCGUACUCCACAGCGCCGGGCUACUAUUCCUGGCGGAACUCCAAGGAGGGGUCCUGGUUCAUCCAGUCGCUCUGCGCCGUGCUGAAGCUGUACGCGCACAAGCUGGAGCUCAUGCACAUCCUUACUCGGGUCAACCGGAAGGUAGCCAUGGAGUUCGAGUCUUUCUCCCACGACUCGACUUUUCAUGCGAAGAAACAGAUUCCCUGCAUUGUGUCCAUGCUCACAAAAGAACUGUAUUUUUAUCACUAAAGAAAUGUAUGAUUUUUUUUUUUUUUAGUUUGUACACCAGGUGAGGAAAGUUACAUUGAUCCUGUACUUCCCCUCAUUUAAGUCUGGUCUGGAACUCCGGCUGCUGCCUUGGACUCAGAGUCGGGUAGUUAAGAAACUGAAUUGAACUGAAUUAGGAACAAAUAAAUGGUAGUACAGUUAUGAGAGAGACUGAUUGUAAAUGAACAACUCCCAUAAUUAGCAAGUUUUAGUGGCACUAUGCUAUGAAUUUUCAAGUAAUUAUGGAGAAAGUUAAAAUUGUAGUAAUGAAUUUCAGUGAUACUGAUGUACUCUCAUUUAAGAAUAUACAUUUUAGUUUUUGUCAGACUGUAGGAAUGAUGGCAGAAUAAUGUAUGAUGUUGGAAUAAUGUAUCCUAAAAUUUAGAGAGUUGUGUGCAUCGUCAAAGGCGUGAAGACCUGGACUUUAGAAUUGAUAUUUGGAGAUAAAUUAGCUGUUUUUAGGUCAUAUAUCUGAGUGUGUGGCUUUGUGAUGUUUAUCCUGAGCAUGUAUUUGUUGUAAAAAAAAUCAUGUUUAUUGAAAAAGAAACUAAAUAUUGUACUUGGAAGUGUGACCAAUCUAAGUUGACACUUUUAAGGUUAAAUGUGUCCUCACUGGAGGGAGACAGAGUUAGAACUCUAAGGUGCUAUAAGGCAGCUCAUCUACCAGCAGAUGUAUCCUGGUUUGUCCCUAUGCAAUCUGAAGAGCUGUUAGGUAAUAACCUCAAACUGUUGAUCAAACUGGUAGCAUCAUGAAUUGAAAUUCCAUGGGAGCAUACUAAAAUAUAGCUUAAAUGAUAAACAAUGAACUUUAGGGAAGACAUAAUAACUCAGUCGGCUGGGCACUUUGUCAUUACAGCGUGGUUUGGGCCUAAGCAUAGAUAUAGCCUAGCCCAUGUGAUGAAGGCAGGACCACAAGCUCUGGCUUUAGGAAAGGACCGCUAGUUUCUCCUAUGUACCACUAUGCAUGGAGACUGUCCCCAAGGCAGGACUCUCUGAGAAAGUGAACCAAAUCAGAAACUUAUGAAAUGGAAACUUUCCAAAGAUGGUGAGAGUCACAGUAAAAACCAUAGUCCCCUUUUAGUAAAAUGUUUAAGCAUGUUCUUUUCUGCUGGAGUUUAUGAUCAAAGAAAAAUGAUACUGUUUUAAUUGUAUACUGUUCUCUGAAAUGAAAGGACUGUAACACAUAGGACUGGACAAUCAUCCAGUCUUCCCCACCUUGGUGCACAGGGAAACGGAAGGCUGGAGAGGAGCAGCGCAGCCCAGCGCCGGACGCUGCCUCCAGCCUCCUGGCUCAAGGCAGCAAUGCCCACCACAGUGUCCCCUGUCCUGGCUUUCAUCCUGACAUUUCAUGUGAGCUUUCUUUUGCACAAAGAAAGAAACUCGCAUUUAUAAGUGACAGCUAUUUUUUUUUUUACUAUGUAACUUUUUCUAAGUAAACAAACCAUGUAACUGUAUCUUAAAGUGUGUUCCUAUGUGACAAUUUUGUAAAGAUUUGUUAUGAAUUUUUAUUUCAAAAUAUCAAUUCUAACAAAAUUA